AUGCCCCACUCGUUCCUCUCGGCCGCGACUGUUGCGACAAUAGGCCUGACCUGUAAAGCAGUUUUGAAGCUUGGCCUGUGCUCGAUGACGGUCAACGGUCUCCCGAUUCUGUUGGAUGCUCUGGAGAGCGGCGAGAGAGCGCAAGGGAGGGGCGUUGUCACCGUAUCCAAUCAUAUCUCCACAUUAGAUGAUCCACUCACUUGGGGCAUUAUGCCCGCACGCACGUACCUCCGCUCGCGCCUAACCCGUUGGUCGCUCGGCGCAUCCGACAUCAUGUUUACUAACCCUGUAUUUUCAACGUUCUUCCGUCACGGACAGGUGCUGGAGACAUUCCGCGGGAAGGGCAUUUACCAACCAGCGGUUAAUGCCGCGAUUGAGAAGCUGGGGAAGGGUGACUGGAUCCAUCUGUUUGGUGAGGGAAAGAUCUGCCAGCCCGAGACGUACGCGCACACGGGAGGCAUCGCGCAGCUGCAGCGGUUCAAGUGGGGCGUAGGCCGCAUCUUACUAGAAACCCCGUGCCCUCCCACAAUCAUACCGAUGUGGCUGACAGGCUUCGAGCGGUUGAUGCCCGAGGGCCGCACAUUCCCAUAUAAUUUCGUUCCUCGACUCGGCGCACGACUAAGCGUCACCUUUGGCGAGCCCGUCCGCUUCGAAGACAUCACUGCUGCUCUGGGCCGGCUGACGGCCGCCCUUCCCGAUGCGUCCGGAGGCGAGGCCAGCGGCGGCCCGAAUCUUGCCGGCCCAAGUGCGGACGGUCCCGCGGACACGGAAUGGCAGAGGCUAGCCAGGAGCGAGGUCACGGCGGUCAUCCAGCGCGCAGUUGAGGCACUCGGACGGACGGUGUCGGGGGACAUGCUGGGCAAGUCUUCGCCGUGA